UAAACAUAUUUUAUCUUUGUUUAAUGAUUAUAUAAUUCCAGUUUCCUACUGAAACACGUUAUGUUUACAUGUUAGAUAAACUUUAAUCGCUAAAGACUUAGCUGUUGCUAAUUAGGAGCUAACUGCUGUGGGUAAUAACAGUUUGGAUAAGAGCAGCUUAUUUAAAGAGGAGUUGUAAAUCAUAACGACUUAUGUCCAUAGCCGACGUUACUGCUCGCUAACGUUCGAUACCGCAUGUUUAAAUGAGCAGGUUAUUCCUUGUACGUGUUGACCGGGGGGGCCGAGGCGUCGGUCGACCUCCCUCCCGCACCACGUUCCCCUCGGCCUCCUCGCCCGUUAUAAUCGCAGCUGUUGCCAGACCUUCAAGUGACAUUAGGGGGCAAUUAAAUCAGCCCCAAUUAGAGCGUCUGUGAUGCGCUGCCAGGCGGCGCCCUCCUCCCCCCGGAAUGCGUUUCCUCUGCUGAAGUUUAUUCUGUCUCGCCAACGUGAUUUUAUUUGGUUUUUAUUUUCCUUUAGCUGUUGACAAAGUAACACAAUGCAACAUGAUAGACUGACAGACAAUGUACAUGAAAUUGCCAAUCAUACUGACACUUAUAAUACUGGCUUUUAUUGUGAAAGGUGAGAACAGAAGGAGUGAAUCUGGUCCAGGUUGAAGGGAGAAAUACAGUUUACAGCCUCGGUCUGCAAUGCGGAUCUUCUGUGUCGUUGCUUCUUAAUUAAAGACACGUGAUUGGUCGAUACCUUUUAAAAAUAACCCAGCUCCCAAACGCUUAUUCGUUUUUGGCGGGUAAUAUUCAGACUGCGAAGGCCUUCAGACACCAAGCUUCCAACAACAAGCAAACAAUACAUGACGAGCAGGAGGAACUUUUCUCCACAUGGAAUCACUAAAAAUGGCCGAAUGAGCGCCGCCUCAUUCCGCUCAACGAGGCUCCGACACGUUCAUCUGUCUGGAAUCUGGAAAAUGUCGCCCGGCUGCCCUCGACACACAAAACCCAAACAGUCCCGAGCGAUCAGGCAGCCAAAUGCCAGAAUUUCAGCGAUGCCUCAAUGGAUCUAAUCUGCCCCCCACCAACCUCAUGAGAAUGAGCCCGGGCCCCCAAAGCCCCCCUAAAGCUGCCGUCCUUAGCCUUCAUUGCUUUUUAAUGGACGCCGCAAUUGAAACCGUUUAAAAGAAGUGACACAAUACAGCUAAACAUAGAAAUAAAAAAAACAUUGUCUUUUUUUUUUUUGUAGAAGCCAGAUCUCCAAAUAUAGGAGGACGAGGCCCCGGGGACAAAGGGCCCGAGCGGCGCUUAUAAAAGUGUCGCUGUGGGUGUGAGGGGUGUCAGCUCUGUUCCUCUGAAGCACUGCGAGGGGAAUCUCUGCGGCAUAAAAAAUGAGCGACGCCGAGAUGGAGAUAUUCGGGGUGGCCGCCCCUUACCUGCGCAAGUCGGAGCGGGAGAGGAUCGCGGCGCAGAACGCGCCUUUCGACGCCAAGGCGGCCAUCUUUGUGCCCGACCCGAAGCAGGAGUACGUGAAGGGGAAGAUCAGGGACCAAGACGGCUCCAAGGUCACCGUGGAGACAGAGGACGGAAAGCUGGUCUCGGUCCACCUGGACGACAUCCGUCCCAUGAACCCCCCGAAGUUCGACAAGCUGGAGGACAUGGCCCUGCUGACGCACCUGCACGAGCCGGCCGUGCUCUUCAACCUCAAGGAGCGCUACGCCGCCUGGAUGAUCUACACGUACUCGGGGCUCUUCUGCGUCACGGUGAACCCGUACAAGUGGCUCCCGGUCUACAACCCGGAGGUGGUGGCCGGAUACCGCGGGAAGAAACGGCAGGAGGCCCCGCCGCACAUCUUCGCCAUCUCUGACAGCGCCUACCAGUACAUGCUGACAGAUCGAGAGAACCAGUCCAUCCUGAUCACCGGGGAGUCCGGUGCCGGGAAGACGGUCAACACCAAGCGGGUCAUCCAGUACUUUGCCACCAUCGCAUCGGUCGGAGACUCCAGCAAGAAGGAGCAGCUUCCCAGCAAGAUGCAGGGGACUCUGGAGGACCAGAUCAUCCAGGCCAACCCGCUGCUGGAGGCCUUCGGCAACGCCAAGACCGUGAGGAACGACAACUCAUCUCGAUUCGGAAAAUUCAUCCGCAUCCACUUUGGAACAAAGGGCAAAUUGGCAUCGGCUGAUAUUGAAACAUACCUUUUGGAAAAAUCCCGAGUGACCUUUCAGCUGCCGGCAGAGAGGAGCUAUCACAUCUUCUACCAGAUCCUGUCAAACAAAAAGCCUGAUUUAAUCAAAACGUUGCUAAUUACCACCAACCCGUACGACUACCCGUUCAUCAGCCAGGGCGAGAUCAGCGUGCUGAGUAUCAACGACGCUGAGGAGCUGAUGGCCACCGAUAGGGCCAUUGACAUCCUGGGGUUUAACUGCGAGGAAAAAGUCGGCAUCUACAAGUUGACCGGCGCCGUGAUGCAUUAUGGGAACAUGAAGUUUAAGCUGAAGCAGCGCGAGGAGCAGGCGGAGCCCGACGGCACCGAGGUGGCGGAUAAGGUGGCCUACCUCAUGGGUAUGAACUCGGCUGACCUGCUGAAGGCGCUCUGUUACCCCCGAGUGAAGGUGGGGAACGAGUACGUCACCAAAGGUCAGACUCCUCAGCAGGUGAACAAUGCCAUGGGCGCUCUGUCUAAGGCCGUGUACGAGAAGCUAUUCCUGUGGAUGGUCACCCGGAUCAACAAGCAGCUCGACACCAAACUGCCGAGGCAGCAUUUCAUCGGCGUCCUGGACAUCGCGGGGUUUGAGAUCUUCGAGAUGAACAGCCUGGAGCAGCUGUGCAUCAACUUCACCAAUGAGAAGCUGCAGCAGUUCUUCAACCACCACAUGUUCGUGCUGGAGCAGGAGGAGUACAAGAAGGAGGGCAUCGACUGGGAGUUCAUCGACUUCGGCAUGGACCUGGCCGCCUGCAUCGAGCUCAUCGAAAAGCCGAUGGGCAUCUUCUCCAUCCUGGAGGAGGAGUGCAUGUUCCCCAAGGCCAGCGACGGCUCCUUCAAGAACAAGCUCUACGACCAGCACCUGGGGAAGAGCGCCAUCCUACAGAAGCCCAAGCCCGCCAAGGGGAGGCCCGACGCCCAUUUCGCCCUGGUGCACUACGCCGGCAUCGUGGACUACAACAUCGGCGGCUGGCUGGAGAAGAACAAGGACCCGCUCAACGACACGGUGGUGCAGCUCUACCAGAAGGCCUCUCUGAAGCUGCUCUCUCGGCUCUUCGCCACGUACGCCGCGGCCGACGAUGCCGGUGGAAGCAAGAGGAGUGCCAAGAAAAAGGGCUCUUCUUUCCAGACGGUUUCCGCGGUUUUCAGGGAGAACCUGAAUAAACUGAUGGCCAACCUGCGGUCCACUCAUCCUCACUUUGUGAGAUGCAUCAUCCCAAACGAGACCAAGACGCCAGGCUCCAUGGACCACCAUCUGGUCCUCCACCAGCUGCGCUGUAACGGCGUGCUGGAAGGGAUCCGGAUCUGCAGGAAGGGAUUCCCCAGCCGGAUCCUCUACGGGGACUUCAAGCAGAGGUACCGGAUCCUGAACGCCGGCGCCAUCCCCGAGGGGCAGUACAUCGACAGCAAGAAGGCUUCAGAGAAGCUGCUGACCUCCAUCGACGUGGACCACGGCCAGUACCGCUUCGGAUACACAAAGGUGUUUUUCAAAGCCGGCCUCCUGGGUCUGCUGGAGGAGAUGAGGGAUGAACGUCUGGCGGUUCUGAUGACUCGCAUCCAGGCCGUUUCCAGGGGUUACGUCACCAGGCAGCGGCUCAAGGAGAUGAUGAAGAAGAGAGAAUCCAUUUUUGUCGUCCAGUACAACAUCCGAUCCUUCAUGAAUGUGAAGAACUGGCCCUGGAUGAGGCUCUUCUUCAAGAUAAAGCCUCUGCUGCGGAGCGCCGAGGCUGAGAAGGAGAUGCAGAACAUGAAGGAGGAGUUCUCCCGACUCAAAGAGGAGUUGGCAAAGUCGGAGGCCAGGAGGAAGGAGCUGGAGGAGAAGAUGGUCGUGCUGUUCCAGGAGAAGAACGACCUUUACCUUCAAAUCCAAGCAGAGAGGGAGAACCUGUGCGACGCCGAGGAGCGCUGCGAAGUCCUGAUAAAGAGCAAGAUCCACCUGGAGGCCAAAGUCAAAGAGUUCUCCGAGCGGAUGGAGGAAGAGGAGGAGAUCAACGCCGACGUCACCGCCAAGAAGAGAAAGCUGGAGGUCGAAUGUUCAGAGCUGAAGACGGACAUCGACGACCUGGAGCUCACCAUUGCCAAAGUGGAGAAGGAGAAAUACGCCACGGAGAAUAAGGUGAAGAACUUAGUGGAGGAGCUCACAACUCUGGAGGAAAAGCUGCUGAAGUCCUCGAAGGAGAUCAGGGCUCUGCACGAGGAGCACCAGCGGACGUUAGACGACCUGCAGGCCGAGGAGGACAAAGGCAACGCCCUGACGAAGGCCAAAACCAAGCUGGAGCAGCAGGUCGAUGACCUGGAGGGCUCCUUGGAGCAGCAGAAGAAGGUGAACUUGGACCUGGAGAGAUCCAGGAGGAGGCUGGAGGGGGACCUGAAGCUGUCGCUGGAAACCAUCAUGGACCUGGAGAACGAAAGGCAACACGUGGAGGAGAGACUGAAGAAAAAGGACUUUGACAUCAGCGGCCUGCAGAACACAGUGGAUGACGAGCAAGUCCUCUCCACCCAGCUGCAGAAGAAGAUCAAAGAGCUUCAGGCCCGGUCCGAGGAGCUGGAGGAGGAGGUGGAAGCGGAGCGCUCGGCCCGGGCCAAGGCGGAGAAGCGGCGGUCCGACCUCUCCAGGGAGCUGGAGGAGAUCGGCGAGCGGCUGGACGAGGCCGGGGGGGCCACCGCCGCCCAGGCCGAGGUCAACAAGAGGCGCGAGGCCGAGUUCCAGCGCCUGCGCCGGGAGCUGGAGGAGUCCACGCUGCACCACGAGGCCGCCGCCGCCGCGCUGCGCAGGAGGCAGGCGGACGGCGCGGCCGAGCUGGGCGAGCAGAUCGACAACCUGCAGAGGGUCAAGCAGAAGCUGGAGAAGGAGAAGAGCGAGCUGAAGAUGGAGGUCGACGACGCGGCGAGCCACACGGACGGCGUCCUGAAGAGCAAGGCUAAUCUGGAGAAGCUGUGCAGGAGCCUCGAAGACCAAAUGAAUGAGUAUAAAAGCAAAGCGGAUGAAGCUCAGAGGUCCCUCAGUGACUCCACCACGCUCAGCGCCCGCCAACAGGCAGAAAUCAGUGAGCUCGCACGCCUGCUGGAGGAGAAGGAAGUCUCUCUCACCCAGCUGAGCAGAGUCAGAUCUGUGGGGAGUCACCAAGUGGAGGAGUUGAAGGGACUCCUGGACGAGGAGAUGAAGGCCAAGAGCGCCCUGGCUCACGCUCUGCAGUCGGCCCGCCACGACUGCGAGCUGCUGAGGGAGCAGUACGAGGAGGAGCAGGAGGCCAAAGCCGAGCUGCAGCGCUGCUUGUCCAAAGCCAACGGCGAGGUGGCCCAGUGGAGGAGCAGAUACGAGACGGACGCCAUCCGGCGCACCGAGGAGCUGGAGAAGCCAAAGAAGCGUCUGGCCCAGCGGCUGCAGGAGUCCGAGGAAGCGAAGGAGGCGGCGAACGUCAAAUGUGCGUCUCUGGAUAAAACCAAGCAGAGGCUGCAGGAGGAGGUGGAGGAUCUCAUGGUCGAGCUGGAAAGGUCGAACGCAGCCAACGCCGCGUUGGACAAGAGACAAAGGAACUUUGACAAGGUUCUGGUCGAAGGGAGACAGAAAUAUGAGGAGAGUCAAUCCGAUCUGGAAGUUUCCCAGAGAGAGUCUCGAGCUCUCAGCACGGAGAUCUUCAAGCUGAAAAACUCCUACGAGGAGGCCGUGGAUCAUCUGGAGACCAUGAAGAGAGAGAAUAAAAACCUGCAGCAGGAGAUCAUAGAAAUCACAGAGCAGCUCGGACAAUCUGUUCAAACCCUCCACGAGCUGGAGAAAGCUGCCAAGCAAGCCGAGCAGGAGAAGAGAGAAACACAGGCAGCUUUGGAAGAAGUCGAGUCGUCCCUGGAGCACCAAGAGGCCAAGAUCCUGCACCUCCAGCUGGAGCUGACCCAGAUCAAGUCCGAGGUGGACAGAAAGGUGUCGGAGAAAGACGAGGAGAUGGACCAGCUGAAGAGGAACCAGCAGAGGGCCGUGGACACGCUGCAGAACUCGCUGGACGCCGAGACGCGCGGCAGAAACGACGCCGUGCGGACAAAGAAGAAGAUGGAGGGGGACCUAAACGAGAUGGAGGUCCAGCUGGGCCACGCCAACCUGCAGGCGGCCGAGGCCACCAAGCAGCUGAGGAACGUGCAGGCUCAGCUGAAGGACGCCCAGGUCCAUCUGGACGAGGCGCUCCACAGUCAGGAGGACUUCAGGGAGCAGCUGGCGAUCGCCGAGCGACGCAACAACCUGAUGGCGGCCGAGAACGAGGAGAUCGGGGCGGCGCUGGAGCAGUCGGAGAGGAGCCGCAGGCUGGCCGAGCAGGAGCUGGUGGACGUGAGCGAGAGGAUCCAGCUGCUGAACUCUCAGAACUCCAGCCUGCUCAACACCAAAAAGAAGAUGGAGUCGGAUUUAGCUCAGCUGCAGUCAGAGAUGGAGGACUCCGCCCAGGAGGCGAGGAACGCCGACGAGAAGGCCAAAAAAUCCAUAAUGGAUGCGGCCAUGAUGGCCGAGGACCUGAAGAAGGAGCAGGACACCAGCGCUCACCUGGAGAGGAUGAAGAGGAGCCUGGAGGUGACGGUGAAGGACCUGCAGCAGCGGCUCGACGAGGCCGAGAACCUGGCGCUGAAGGGCGGCAAGAAGGAGCUCCAGAAACUGGAGAACAAGGUGCGCGAGCUGGAAAGGGAAUUGGACUUGGAGCAGAAGCGCAGCAACGAGGCCACGAAGGGCGUCCGCAAGCAUGAGAGGAAAAUCAAGGAGCUCACCUACCAGAGAGAGGAGGAGCGGAAGGGCGCGGCGAGGCUUCAGGAUUUGGUGAACAGACUGCAGCUGAAGGUGAAAGCGUGCAAACGUCAGUGUGAGGAGGCGGAGGAGAAAACCAGCGUCCAUUCGGCCAAAGCUCGCAAGGUGCAGCACGAGCUGCAGGCGGCGGAGGAGCGAGCCGACGUCGCCGAGUCUCAGCUGAACAAGUUACGAGCAAAGAGCCGCGACGGCGUGGUGGGGAGGGGGGAAUAGAAUAUAUAUAUAUAUAUAUAUAUAUAUAUAUAUAUAUAUGGGCAAACCGUGUAACUCCAUCUAAGGAAAUCAGAAAAGGCUUUAGAUUUAUUCAAUAGGUAUGAAUGGUUUAUUUAGUCUGAAGGUUUCUUUUCAUUUUUUUGGUUAAUACUUAACUAGCUAAAAUGUUUUUUUGACUUCAUUAGGUGAGAGGAGAAUAUAGCAGCGCAGGAAGGAUCAACUUGUGAACAAAGCUUUAAACAUCUGUUUAAAGCUUUUGAUUUGAAAGAAAAGUGUUGUUUUAAUAUUUUCCUUUUUUUUGCAGCACACUUCUACGAUAUAUUGGAAAAUAAGACUUUGGAGAUUGAUGGUUUUCUUUGGACGCUGAGUGGAAUUGGGUUUCUUUCAUCAAUGUGUGACGGUUGUAUAAAUCAGUUGUUGUAAUAAACGGACCUCCGUUUAGCUGAAAUGUCACACGUCAAACCUGUCACCAAAAAUCAAAACAAUAAAAAACGUUUAAAAAAGGU